AUGAAGCCCCAUACAGUUACCAAAGACCAGAUCAAAUUAAGGGCAUUCCCCUUCUCAGUUCAAGAUGCAGCAAAGGAGUGGCUAUAUGACCUCCCGUCUGGUUCAAUAACAAGAUGGAAUGAACUCGCCAAACUCCUUUUAGAAAAAUAUUUUCCCGAGGCGAAAGUAUGGAAUCUACACAGAGAGAUUCUAGGUAUAAAGCAAGGCAAAAGAGAAGCUCUCCACACUUAUUGGGAGCGAUUCAAGAAGCUGUUAGUCCGAUGUCCACAACAUGACAUUAGUGAUUAUCAGUUAUAUCAGUGUUUCUGCGAAGGAUUGAUACCUAUGGAGAGGCGACUAAUAAAUGCAUCUAGUGGAGGGUCACUUUCAGACAUGACACCAACAAAGAUCAGGGCAUUAAUAGAGAAGCUGGCCAAUGAAUCAAAACAUUCAACAACUAAGGAAGAGUGGUACCCAGACCAUCCAAGAGGAGUCAAGGAGAUAAGUAAUGCCCACCUGGAAUCCCAGAUUUUAGAAUUGACUAAAGAUGUCCUUUUGUUGACAAAAGAAAAAGGUAUUGAGCCAAUGGUCAAACCUUGUGGGGUCUACUGCAAAACCGGGCACCCAACUGAUAUGUGCCCACUACUUCAAGAAGCUAAUGAAUCUGUGCAAGAUAUGGGAGGAUUUCAGCAAAGGCCAUUUGAUCAACAUCGCAACAACCAAGCUUGGGGUGGGCCUCAAAAUAACAAUUUCCAGCCAAGACCUCAACAGAACUUUCAGCAAAGAAACCAAUACCAAUCUCCACCUGGGUUCCAAGAACCUUUUCAGCAAAAUCAGCACCAAAGCAACUUUCAGCAACCACCUGUUCAACCACAACAUGUCUUUAGAAGACAUAGUUAA